AUGGUUGAGCCUGCAAGUGUGAGUCCAGCGCAAAGGUGUCGAGAUAUUCAAACUCCGAUCGCUGCACCACUCUCAACCAACCACGACAACUUGAAAAUAAUGGCUGGCGUCAAUCCCGGGGACGACAAACUCGUAUUUGAGUCAUCUGAAGCUGUUAAUGUUGUAUCAACAUUCGACGACCUUGGCCUGAAGGAGGACCUCUUGCGCGGCAUCUAUGCCUACAAUUUCGAAAAGCCUUCAGCUAUCCAACAACGCGCUAUUCUGCCUAUAACUCAAGGACGCGAUGUUAUUGCUCAGGCUCAGUCUGGUACUGGUAAAACUGCGACGUUUUCCAUUUCUAUCCUCCAGUCCAUCGACGUCACCGUCCGCGAAACUCAAGCGCUCGUUUUGUCCCCUACCCGUGAAUUGGCGACCCAAAUCCAAUCUGUCGUACUGGCAUUGGGAGACUACAUGAAUGUCCAAUGUCACGCUUGUAUCGGAGGUACAUCCAUUGGGGAGGAUAUUCGAAAGCUCGAAUACGGUCAGCACGUCGUCUCAGGAACACCUGGACGCGUCUUCGACAUGAUUCGGAGACGCAGCCUACGAACAAGAAACAUCAAGAUGCUGGUGCUUGACGAAGCGGACGAAUUGUUGAACAAGGGCUUCAAGGACCAAAUUUACGACGUUUACCGUUACCUACCCCCCGCCACACAGGUCGUUCUUCUCAGUGCGACCUUGCCAUAUGAUGUUCUAGAGAUGACUACGAAGUUCAUGACCGACCCUAUCCGAAUCCUGGUCAAGCGUGACGAACUGACGCUGGAGGGUAUCAAGCAGUUCUUUGUCGCAGUUGAGAAGGAGGACUGGAAAUUUGAUACCCUUUGUGACUUGUACGACACUCUCACCAUCACGCAAGCCGUGAUCUUCUGCAAUACCCGUCGAAAGGUUGACUGGCUGACGGAAAAAAUGCGCGCGUCUAACUUCACGGUCUCAUCUAUGCAUGGUGAAAUGGUUCAAAAAGAACGUGAUGCCAUUAUGGCCGAAUUUCGAGGAGGAACUUCGCGAGUCUUGAUUACUACGGAUGUUUGGGCCCGAGGGAUCGACGUUCAGCAAGUCUCAUUGGUCAUCAAUUAUGAUCUUCCUGCCAACCGAGAGAAUUACAUCCAUCGUAUUGGGCGAUCUGGCCGGUUUGGAAGGAAAGGCGUUGCCAUCAACUUCGUGACGGUUGAGGACGUUCGUAUACUGCGUGAUAUCGAACAAUUCUACAGUACCCAAAUCGAUGAAAUGCCGGUGAAUGCUGCAGAACUCAUCUAA